AUGCUCUUCUCCAUUAUCGCCUCAGCACUCCUCAUGUGCGGCCAUGGCGUUUUCGCCGCCCCAGACCGUAAUACAUUAUCUGUGAACCGUCCCUCGAAGCCACUUCUUCGCUACACUGGCCCUGUAACACCGCCUCAGCUGAAGUACGCCUUCACCGCGAAGGUGGACUGGGACUUGGACAAUAACCACACGAUUGAAACGCCAGUGGGAACACAGACUAGUUUUUGGAGUCGAGAAGGUUAUUGGUACGACACAAAGGGUCGACAAAUUGGCGAGGUGCUUCGUGCUAAUGACGACGGCAUUGUUGCUCCUGGGACCAACUACCUUGAGCUUGUGAUCAAUUACGUCGUAAAGCUCGAGGACGGCUAUUGGGCAUACGCCACGCACACUGGCAUUGCUAUUCUCCGCCAAACACAAAAUGGCAUUGUUCGUGUGAAGACUGAGUCUCCGAAGUACAAAUGGCUUAACUGGGUUGAUUUUAUAGCCCCGGGCAGUUUUAACAAGACUGAGGUCAAGACUAUACACCACUACUUUCCUACCUCUGACUAG